GCUCUGCCCAGCAUGAAGUCCUGCCGCCAAGAUGGUCCCGCCUUCGCCUCUCCGUUCCCUUGCGCUGCUGGGUAUUUGGGUGUGUGUGGCGAUGUCGCAGGAGGUGAACGCGCAGCAGGACGCGGCGCACCCUCCCGUCAGUCUUUCGCUGCGUUCUAGGAUGAACUGUCAGUCUGAGGGAAGGUUCCGCCACCCUUACGACUGCGGAAGCUUCGUGGACUGUCUGCCGGACCCCAAGACCAACAAGUUCUACUCCCGGGAGGGUUCCUGCAACGGCCAGGCCUUCCACCCGACCUUCAAGAAGUGCGUCGACGUAGAGAAGGUGAAGGGCUGCAAGCCCCGCUCCGCCAGGUCCAUCACUGCAGACCACAAGCUGGACUACGUCUGUGAGGGCGCCAGCAGCGAGUUCGUCUGUGCUGACUGCAAGACCCUCGUCAACUGCAUCAACGGCACGGCCUACCCGGAGCCCUGCAGCUCAGGCUACCUUUGCGCCGUGAAGGACACUCAGUUCGGCGGCGGCGUCUGCUACCCCACCGAGCCCAUCGAAUGUACGUGCGAACAGCCCAACCAGUUCAAGGUGGACUACUACGACGAGACCCGUUUCUUCUUCUGUGAGGGUUCGGGUUCAGACCCCGUGAUAUACCAGUGCCCCGACGACCACCUGUUCGUGCCCGGCAAGAGCCAGUGCCUGAGCUACGCGGGGCUGCCGGAGUGCACCAACAUCGGCGUCUUCGCCAACGUGAACAACUGCUCCCAGUACUACACCUGCAUCUUCACCACCAACGGCUGGGUGCAGAAGCCGUCCUCCUGCGACAACGACACCCACUCCGGCCUCAUGUACAACGAGGUGACGGGUAAGUGCGAGGACCCGUGCUCGUGGGACACCGGCAAGUUCUCCUGCGUCCAGGAGGGUCGCUUCCCCGACCCCGUCGACUGCAAGGGCUACUACGAGUGUGUGGCUGACGACGACUACGAGACAGGCUUCCGCCAGACCCACCACUCCUGCCCCGACGGCUACGAGUGGGACCCGUCCGCCAGGCUUGAGCACGGGCACUGCGUGGCGCUGGGCAAGAGCAAGAUACGCUGCGUCCCCACCAGCCAGAACAAGUGUACCGUGCCCGAGGAACUCUGCUCCGCCGCCCCCUAAGACUGAUGGCCCCGCCCGCCCCACCCCGUCCGCCCUGCCCCGCCCCGCACCUAGUGGUCAUUCCCCAGACCAGGGAUGGCCCGCCAAGGGGCUCGGGCACCACAGAAUGCUGUUGUUAUCCGUUGUUUUGUUGUUGUUUCUGUUUUUACCGCUAAUUUAUUACCGUUGAUAUCACUUGUCUGUUGUCAUUGGUAUUUUAUUAUUGUUAUAAUUUAUUUGUCAUUGUUAAUUUAUUGCUGAUCUAAUAAAGGAAUCAGUGAAUUAAGUCAAGCAAAAGAAGGCAAUUGAUUC